UCUUCAGCAUCGAAGAUCAGCGUUUCAGUUCAGCUGCGCGUGAAAAACGAAAACACGUCGAACGGAAUAGUACUGAAGAAAUUUCUGCACAAAACUUUUCGAAAGCGCAGUGUGGAAAAUAGAAACGCCAAAUAACGCGCCGCGCCAUCCUACGGACAGGUUUGUAUAUUAGCGUUCGGUAGGGUUGCAAGGAAAACACUCGUACCCGAAGCGGCACCGAAGGUGGACGGUUUUUUGUUUUACUGCUCGUGUUGUGCGCGGAGUGUUGCGGUUUGCCGUUUUUCUCAUUAUACAGUCCUUUUGGUUGGAUUUUGUUUCGCGUCUCUUCCCUCUCCCAGCCCGGUUCGAGCGACGUCGGUGCGCGGUAUAGGCCCCAUCCACGAGCGUCCCGGCCAAGAAAAAUCCUAAGUGUUCGCGUGUGUGUUCGUCAGUCGAUUUAUGUGCUGCUGGAGUGAUUGUAUAAGUGUAUUUGUGUCUGUGUGUAUGCAUAACGCGCAAGUGGCGUGAAAAAUAAUAGAAACCUUAGGUGACAGAUCGUGUAAAAUCCUUCCGAACGAAGAUUGGAAUCCGGAGGCGGAUUCCGAUCUGACAGUGUUUAGGUGGAAGGUGCAGCGAUUGGCUUUCGCAGCCUGGACAUUACCGAAAGUGAAGUGUCCUUCGCUGACUGCUGCAGCUGCAGCUAGUAAGAAGUGCUUGUGUGCGGUGCUCUAGUGUGGCCCAUCAGUGAACCAGCAAUCCACCAGGGCCAGGUGAAGAAAAAGGUGGAACAAUUUUGCAUCGCAGCAGGACAAUCUAUCGGCUGGUGUGUGCCUUGGGGAACGGUUUCCUUUUUUUUUUCUUGUGAAAAGGUGUAAAUUUUCCAGUACCGUUUGGUGAAAGUCAAAUAAAAAUCAGCUCGCAGUUAGUGAAAACGCACAGAAAAUUUACUCUCGUGUAAAACAAUGUCCCACUCAAAACUGUGUUUGUGCGUAUCAUUGUGUUUAGUGUAACCAUUUAAUCGUCGUCCAUUUUGUGCGCGUGCGUGUGUGCGUGUGUUUGGGCAAAUUUUUGUAACUGUGAGUUUCGCGACCAAAGCGCACACAAGCCCACUUGACGAUCGACUGCUGUAUGCGUCCGAACGCAACCGUAUACGACCGCUACCGUUGGAAAAAGAUGGACCAACAGCAACCGGCGGACCGGAAGUCGACCACGGACGGCACCACGGUCGGCACCGGUCAGAAGGUUCCUCUCCUCACACCAAGUACACCGACAACAGCAGCAGCAGUGGCUCCAGCAGGAACCCCGCCUUCGGCAACGGCUGCCAUGGGUGGUACGCCCGGUUCUUCACCGUCAAGAAGGGGUACCAAGCGAAAGAGUUCAGUCAACCCACCGGCAGGAAGUGCCGCCGCCCGGAAGCGCCGUAAAUUGCAGCAGGCCCAGCUGAAGGCGGGUGAACCGAGCGCAGAGCAGGUUCCACAGACCAAAAACACCGUCGCCGUGCUGAACGAACUGAAGCGCAACCUGGUGUACAACCUGGAAUCGCAAACCGGACCAGUGCAUGCUCCCCUUUUCAGUAUGUCCGUUGUGGUCGACGGUCAAAAGUUUAUCGGCCAUGGGCGCAGCAAAAAACUUGCCCGCAUAGAGGCCGCUGCAGCAGCCCUGCGCAGUUUCAUCCAGUUCAAAGACGGUGCCACACUUACUCCGAUAAAGCCUCUCCAUAAUGUUGACUUCACUAGUGACGAUCCGAUGAUCGAGAACAGUAUCUUUCCCCUUUCGGACCCUCCAGAGUUGGCGGAAGCAGUCACCACAAGCCCGACGGCGGGUAAAACGGAAAAGGCCAACAAUAAGGCGUCCCCAUCCGAAAAGGGUCACAUUUCCCGACGAGGCGAGUCCAAGGAGCGGCAGAACGGCCCCAACCACAACAACAACAAUAAUAAUACCAACAACAACAACAACAAUAAUGUGCACUCAACAAACAACAGUAAUUCUCCUUGUCAACCCAAACAAAGUUCAAUUUUCAGCUCACAUAACAAUAACACUACUAGUGCUACUAGCUAUUACCAGGCGAAAGCUAGCCAUAACAAUACUAGUAACAAUAAUAACAACAGCAAUGGCAACACUUGCUCCGGUUAUCCCGCAUCCCGUCCUGUCGGAGCCUUCCAAAAUAGUUCUCCCCUACACUACCAUCCCUACCAUCACAAUCAGCAAUUUCCCAACAACAACUAUCAAACCCAUCACAAUAGCACCCACAGCACACACCACUAUCACUUGCAACAAAAACAGCCACGCUCACACCACAACCAUAGCCAAGUGGUGCAGCAACAGCAAAUGGUAGCGUCUUCGGCCGGUUUCCACCGCAGCAAGAUCGACAGUGUUCCCAGCACGACGGACAGCGGUGGAAGUGUGAACCGCUUCUCAGCGGCGAUUGAAGCGAUUGCCUUCAAUUCUCCUUCAACCACCAUCACCACCACCACAACCACCACCAAAUUCACCACCAAUAACAAUAUAUUAGCGACUACUACCAAUACCACCAACAUCACAAAAGUCACUGCUGCUGCUGCCAACCAAGCGCAAAUCAGCAGCAGUGUCCUUAGCAACAACAGCAACAAAAACCAGAACAACGCCUACAACAGCAGCAGUAAUCUGACGGCGACGACGGUGGCAACAGCGACGGUGGCGGCGAUGACGACGAUAAGCCCCGCCCAAAAUGGGCACCGGCAAGUGGUUGAAAAAAUUCAGCAAAGUUUAGAUCUAUUUAAAAAUUCCAAUGAAAAGAAUGUAGCAUGGAAGAAACGAUUAGAAAAGCUCAAGGCAUCGGCAGCGAACGCAUCGCGGAACGUGUCACCGGGUCAGCCGCCGAAACCGCAACCGGAGAAGGGUCCGGUUAUGCUGCUGCACGAGCUGUUCACCGACGCGACCUUCGAGUGCGUCUCGACGGACGGACUGCAGCACUCCAAGUUCACCGUUGUCGUCAGCGUCGACGGUCAGCGGUUCGAGGGUACCGGCCCGUCAAAGAAGAUGGCCAAAAAUGCGGCUGCCAAGGCGGCGCUCGCCUCGAUGUGCAACAUCUCGUUCAGCCCCCUGCAGCAGGCCAAGUUUGGGGCGCUUAUGAAUGCGUCCGGUGGGGGUGUAGGAGGCGCUGGUGGAGGCGUCGGUGGCGGUCCGGCUGGGGCUGGACUGAAUGGCGAUGCUGGUGGGUGUUACGAUCAGAAAAACGUCGAGUUGCCCCAGACGUUUGCCGAUUCGAUUGGGAAGCUGGUCAUCGAGAAGUUUAAUGAGGUGAUGAAGGGCAACGACGUCUAUUCGCGCCGGAAGGUGCUAGCUGGUAUUGUGAUGACCCAGGCAUAUGACGUUAAAACGGCUAAGGUCAUCUCGCUAGCGACCGGCACCAAGUGCGUAAGCGGUGAGCACAUGAGUGUCACCGGUUCGGUUAUCAACGAUUCGCAUGCGGAAAUUAUCGCCCGGCGCGGUUUGCUAGACUACUUCUACAGUCAACUGGAUCUGCUUAGCAAUAAUAAGAACAAUAAUACGGCUCCUAGCGCCGGUCAACCCGUGGCUCAAUACAUUGGAAAGAAUGGCAAUAACAAUAGGAACAACAACAAGAGCAGUAACGGAGAGGUGGAAUCGAUUCCGGCGGCCGAACCGGAGGAGAGCAUCUUCGUGAAUCCGUCCGAUGGCUCAAGGCUGUACAAGCUGCGGGAUGGCAUCAAUUUCCAUCUCUACAUUAAUACUGCACCCUGUGGUGAUGCCCGAGUGUUUAGCCCGCACGAGAACGACAACAUGGAUGUUGACAAACAUCCGAAUCGGAAAGCCCGCGGCCAGCUGCGCACCAAGGUGGAAUCGGGCGAAGGGACGAUACCGGUCAAGAGCAGCGAGGGCAUUCAGACGUGGGAUGGUGUCCUGCAGGGGCAGCGUCUGUUGACGAUGUCCUGCUCGGACAAAAUAUCACGCUGGAACGUACUCGGCUUGCAGGGAUCGCUGCUCGCGUCCGUGAUCGAGCCGAUCUAUCUGCACUCGAUCGUGCUGGGCAGCUUGCUGCAUCCGGCCCACAUGUACCGUGCCAUUUGCGGUCGGGUGGAGAAUUCGAUCCAAGGCCUUCCGCCACCGUAUCGGCUGAACAAGCCGCGCCUAGCGCUGAUGACGUCGGCGGAGUCCCGCAACCAAACCAAGCCGCCAAACUUCAGCAUCAACUGGGUGAUCGGCUGCCAGGAGGUGGAGAUCGUCAAUUCCUUCACCGGCAAGCUGAUCAACAAUAAUACCAACACGACCAAAAUGUCCCGCCUAUCGAAGCAGUCCUUCUACCGACGUUUCGCAGCCGCCAUCAGCAAGCUUCCGCUGGCACCGUUCCGCGAGGUCAAACCGAGUUACUUCGAAACGAAGAUGUCCGUCCCGGAGUACCAGCAGGCCAAGAAGGAACUGUUUGCCGCCUUUGCCAAAGAGGAUCUGGGCGAUUGGCUGAAGAAACCUAUCGAGCAGGAUCAGUUUACGUUGAUUGCUCCCAGGCCGGAGGAGCUGCUUGUGGCGGCUGCGCCGCUGAGCUCCUCUGGCACCGCAGGGGCUGUUAGCAACAGUAACAGCAACAUAAACAAUGGCACCGGAUCCACCGGUGCCGGCGGUAAAUGACAUCAGGCUAAACACUCUGCCGGUAAGCACCAGGGUGGAUCGAAUGGCAACAAUAACAUCAGCAGCAGCAACAACAACAGCCAAUCCAACCAGUCCAGUGCCCGACUGUUCUGAGAACGGCAGCGAACGGGCAUUUAGAAGAACAUCUAGACCCGUUCUGGUUGACAACUUCUAGUGUUGUAAGAUUUUUAAACUGUUACUCCGCGCAGUUUUAGCUGCCUAAAAACGGGCGUAUAAGAGUAGGCUGUUCCAUCCACAGGAGAGAUUUCGUUUGACUACUUAUUUGCUAAAUUUUACUGUCUGCCAAAAUCGGCGGUUCAGUUACAUGCUUUAUUUCCGGACGCAUCGUGUGAGAGGUACAUCACAUGAGAAGGGUUAUUUUUUUUUAUUAGUUAUAGUGCCCUAAUUUUUAAUUUGGUUACUUGUGCUUUCCUUAACAUUUAGAGUAGAAUCGAUCUUAUCUUGAAAGAAGAUACAAUAGGUAGUAGCUCUAGUGAGUAAGUUUUAGCCAUCUGAAGACAAAACAACAACAAAACAUUUAUGCUUUUAGCAUAAAAAAGAGAACAAAAUACUUACGCGUAGGCUUCCAGAUACUAAGCACGUUUUUCGUUCAGUAGGUCGAUACAGAGUUGCUUGAUGUGUUUCGUUUCAUGAAAAAGUACAGUAUGAGAAAGUCAAGAAGAUUUUAAAAUACAAUAUAUAACAUGCAUCUUAUUUGUCAGGUAUUUCCACAUAGUUUAUAAGUUUAUUUAGCAAUAAAAAUGCUAUCGGAAUGGCCAAGCUUAUCCAGAGAAAUACGAGUGAUGAAAGGUAGAUUUGUAAUAACAUUCGAUGUUUGUCACCAAGAUAUAAGAGAAAAAGAUUGUUUAAAGAGGGCUGAGUAUAGACAUUUCCGACAGCGAUAACUCAGUAUUCUUUCUUUCGAAAGAAUGAUGAAACGAAACGAUUAAUUUUCAUGUAAUGAGAGCUGUGAAGAAUAUCGAAUAAAUGUGUCGAGGUUUGGCACGAAUAGUGAAUUCUUGGUUGGGUUUGAAUCCUGGAUAACGAAUGUGUCUUUGCUACAACACAUCAUCGGUUUUAGGUAGAAGUACGUUUUUUGGGUUUCGAGUACAUAUUACAUACAAGUCUUUUGUAAUUCGAAAAAAAAAUUUGAAAUCUACUUUCCUUAACAAAAACACGUUAAGGAAAAGUUGUUGAAAAAAUGAUUUUGAGGUAAUUUUCAAUACCGUUUUGCUUAAGAAAAAUAACAUUCAAUAAUUUUUCUCGUGAUGGUUCGAUACUUUUUGGCGUUUAAGAAUUUACAAUAAAAUUCCUUUUUUUCAAAUAUUACUUAAGUUUUUGGUUAAAAACGAAAUCAUAUUGACAAAAACCAGAUCAAGCAAAACUGUACGAAACCUACUUUACCGAAACACGUGCCAUAAAAGGUGAUCGCUAUUGACGGCGUCAAGCAAGCUGCAAACAAGACACAGCCUACUGUUAUACGAUGUGAUCCAAGCUCUAAGGGCUUGAGAAGAAAAAAUUACUAGAAAAAAGUUUGUUCUAUUCAAUCACGCAAAUCUUAUCAAAUAUUGCAAACCCAUUAAUUACAUACAUACGAGCGUAAGCUACCAAUUUCGCCUAGUCGAAGCAAAUAAUAUGAGAAAAUAAAACGAAGCCGACUAAACACACACACAUGCAUAAUAUGUAUCGCGCAUCACAUUUUAGUCGUUGCCAUAUUCAAGCUACUAAGCGAGCAAAGUAGUGUGAUAUAUUUCAAGUAAAGAUAAUAUUUCAGUAAUUAUUAAAAUUUAAACCCUGGUGCACGCACGCACGCACAAUUGAUAAAGUCAUUAACACAUACACACAACAAAAAAAAAAAAAAACACACACCAGCAAAACGAUGACGAAAGCAAAAACCCAACUCAGGUGCGUGCGUGCUGAUCGAUUGAACUCUUAAACCAACCGUCAAUCGCUGCCGGUCCAGCCGCGAACGAAGCGCGAUCCCGCUGGACCGGCAGGGCAAUGCGAAAAGAAAACAGAAACAAAUCGACUGAAACACAUAGACAACAGCAAAUUAUAUCGUACCUAAAAGCAGUAAUAGUAGUAGUGGUAGUAGUGAUACUAGGCGUAGUAGUAAAUAGUAGUUUCAAGCAGCGGCUCUAGGAGCCCAAAAUGGAGGGACAAACAAUGGUUUGUUACACUUCAUUGUUUGACUCGCCGUUUUGGUGUUGUUUUUCAGUUCCGUGUGCGAGCGAGUGAGUGAGCGAGUUGCUAUGGCAGCACCCGUGCUUGUUUGGUACUCCAUUAGAAAAAAAGUUAGUACCGACUGACCUGCGGAAGAGGCAGAAAAAAGUAAAAGGUUUUUUUUUUUUGUUUGGUUUAUGCUGUCAAUAGUUGUCGAAUAAUUAGAUGAAAAAUGAAAGCAGCUUUUUAGGGUGUGCUAUUUUCUUUUAUUAGUUUGAGGUGCCAUUAGUGGCACGAUGGGACAUUUUACAGCUUCCGUUAGUGAUGCUAACAUUCGGUUCCAGCAGUAAGUACAGAUUCCAUUUUUUAGAGCAAUAAUUUUGUGUAGACAUCAUAUUUACAAGUAAAAGACAGAAACAGUAACCGAUACACCAAGCAGAAAGUAGCAGGAGGAUACACCCUAGUAGACAGUAGCAAAAUACAAAGCGUAGAGAUUCGGGAAAACGAAAUUUUAUUAGAAUUAGUUGAAUUUGAAAAAAAGACUAAGGAAAGAUGUCCCCUUUUUUGUCUAAUACUGACAGGCAACAAAUAUACCAUCAGAAUGCGAGCGUAUACGUGUGAGUGUGCGAGGUCCGAAGUGAUCGAUCAAUAUGUUUGUGUAUGUGUAAAUGUCGAUAAUAAAUUGAAAUAUUUACUGUGAUAUUAAUCUUUACUUCAAAUAUUGACAUUCGUAUCAAAGUAACAUUGACAAGUAAACAUUAAGGUUAAAUAAUAAGCAACCACACGCAGACAUUUACUUAUUAAAAAAAAAUAAUAAAAAAAACAGCAAACGUUCAUUAGUCCAGUUUCCUAAAAUACCGUAGCAGUUAAAAUUCGAAUGCAUAUUUUCAAUUAAGAAGCAAGCUGAUUGUUGAAGUUAUUAAUAAAAGUUAUUAUAUUAUCCACCACGAAUACACACACACUCAUCCACACAGGCAUUCGCUGCAAACCACUUGAUGCACCCGGAAGUUGGCUGUCCGUAAACGUAACCACAAAAAAAAGUGUAGGAGAUCGCUCGGUUUUCCUGUUUCUUCCAAACACACAUGAACGGAUGCGGACAGCUUCUUCGCGCACAUCGCAAUGCAAAGAUAUUAAAUUCAAUUAAAACAAACAAAACAGAAAUCUUUAAAGGGCUGUUUAAUAACUGACUAAAAUUCAACUAAAACUUAUUACCUAGCAACGCAAUUAUCAAUAGCCAGAAUAGCGCAAAAAAAAAAGAUCACAAAAAAGAAGUGCUUUUGAUUUUUCUUUUCUUAUUGAGGAAUUUUACGCCACUUCAAGCAGGUGCAGCACUCUCUCAGAUUUUAAUAAAACUGUGGGUUUCACCAAAAUCUGAGAGGCUGUUGUUAACUCGUUUGCGUGAAACCGUUCAGACACAAACUUAUCCAAAACAACGAAAUGAUAAACCAAAAAACUCGUACACUGUGCUUUACCGUUUUGUCUGGCCUCUUCUUUUCUUUGCCCGGUUUCGAAAUCAGAGACAAAUAAACGUUGUUGUUUUCCGACUGCAAAGAGAAAUUAGGAAAAGAAAAAUACAAAGUAGUUUUCAGAAAACAAAUGAAUAUUUUUUUAGUAUGAAAGCAAAAAAAAUACUUUGAAAUUCUAACAUUUCAAAAGGAGUGAAACAAAAAAAAGUUAGUCUAAAAACACGCAGCUUAAGCUGUCUGGCUUUGGCGCGAACUACUAAGGAGUGAUCAUAAAUUAUCUAGAAAAUUACAAAAACAAAUUUUUGAUUUCCGGGAAAAAAAUAUAUAAAUAGGCUAGAGCAACUUUAAAUAAGACUUCCAGGUGACGGUCUCGUGUGACUGCGACUUAUCUGUGCGUAAUUACAUGAAAAUAAAAAUCCAAUACCAAUUUGAACCGUAGACUAGUAAAAAACGAAGUAUAUAUCAAAUAUAUUCCGACGGCAAGAAAGGAAGCAAUGAAGGCAAGAGGAAAGGAACAAAAAAAAAUUGUCUAGUAACAUGCCCUUAAUCAUAAGUUUCGACUUUUCUAGUAGUUUUUCUCUUAUCACUUUCGAAAUCGAAAUCAAAUAUCAUCUAAACGUAUUUCAAAGUUUUGUAGUACUACAGUAAAGAAGGAGAAAACAGAGGAAAUACUGCCGUAAAAUGGCGGUCUUUUAUCAGCAAUUAUUGGAGUAAAAUUGGCAAACAUUUGUGAUCAACUAGAUUUGUUCUAAACGUUUGGUAGAUACGACAGAGUAACCUAAAACCGCAAGCAAGUUGCGAAGAUUUUAAUAGUUUGAAGCUGUAGAAAUUUAGCAAGAAACAAAAAAAAGAUUAGAGUGAUGUUUUCCAACAAAAACUAAUUUUAGCCAUUAUUGAGUUUGAAAUAUCUAUCUUAAAAGUACACUUUCACUCAUGCGUAAAGGUCAAUUUAAAAAAAAAAAACAUAUAAUCUUAUGAUUACAACACGUACACAGAUAAACUACUACAAACGGUAAACAACAAAAAGUUUAUAGGAAUAAUCCGAUCUAAUUUAGGAAGCUUGUUGUUGCAAACAAGUUCGAAUAAGAUACCAAUUCCAUACAGCCUGACUCCUAUCCAGUUAGAAAACUCUCUGCAUCAUAACACAUACUUACUCAGCCAUACGAAAAAGCAUUUCUUUUACCUUACACAUGUUGUACUCCAAACCAAUCAAAGCGUGUUCCUUCCGAAGAAAAAGGAAGAAAAUGAGAACACUAAACCAAAGCAGAUUCCUACAAACAAUUCUAAACGAACGAACAUUUCACUCUUGUGUUGCAUUGUUUAAACCAAUACUAAUAUAACCAAAAUCACACAUACAAACACAUGCAAAACGUAAACGAGAAACGAAUGAGCAAUUGGCGGUAUCGAAAAGAAGCGCGGGAGUCGCGUCAUCCGCGGCGACCAAAAACCCCCAGAAAACCAGAACGAAAUGUUGAUAGUGAGAUGCGAUGGUAAAAAAGGGGUGCAAAAACACAAUUUGAUACAAGUUACGGUUACGGUUUGAAUGACAAAUUGCCAACACUACAAUAUGAGACGAAAUAAGAGCGAGAACAAAAAAAAAAUAAGCAAAUCAAGAAACUGGUAAAGGUGAACAACACAACAGACAAACAAAUAACAAGCUUACCAACAUACUGUGACGGAAGAAAUGGAUAAAAACAGAAUGAAUAAAAUUAUUGAACAGAACAAAA